ACGAAUUUCCCAGCUGGCAUCGAACCUCAGAGCAACUACAUUCCAGAGACACCGCCUCCCGGAUAUCUGAGUGAGGAUGGAGACACCAGCGACCAUCAAAUGAACCACAGUUUAGAUGCAGGUUCUCCAAAUUUAUCUCCGAAUCCGAUGUCUCCUGCACACAGUAAUCUGGAUCUCCAGCCGGUCACCUACUGUGAACCUGCCUUCUGGUGCUCCAUUUCCUAUUAUGAGCUCAACCAGCGAGUGGGAGAGACAUUCCAUGCUUCUCAGCCCUCAAUGACCGUGGAUGGUUUCACGGACCCAUCAAAUUCAGAGCGCUUCUGCCUUGGCCUGCUUUCCAAUGUCAACCGCAACGCAGCAGUGGAGCUCACCAGGCGGCACAUUGGGAGAGGAGUGAGGUUGUAUUACAUUGGAGGGGAAGUUUUUGCCGAGUGCCUUAGUGACAGUGCCAUAUUUGUCCAGUCCCCCAACUGCAACCAGCGUUAUGGCUGGCACCCAGCCACUGUGUGCAAAAUACCACCAG